AUGCAGCAGAGAGAGAGCCAGACAGUACUAAAUUUUCCAUUAGCUCCGCCUCAUGAAGCCUGUACCAACGAUAAUCAUCAUACGUCCUGUUUCGUGCCGUCAACAGCUCCCGUUCUAGCUGCACCGCAAGCAUCGUCGUUAUCUCACUGCACGCAACCAUCCUUGCCUUUGAAAAGCGAGAAGGAUAAGAUGCUGUCAGCGGAGCCGUUCUUGCCAAACACUGCACAGCUUGUUGACGAGCGUGAGUUUUCCUUGCAGGCGUCCUUUCGCUUCAACACAGCUUUUCAGAAGGAUUCUUACGAGCGUGCGUGGCUCUUCGGGCGAAUUCUUGCGGCUGAGUGGGUUUAUUUUCGCGCUGGUGAAAGCCAGGUCGCAGGUCACUUGGGUUAUGGUACCGAUGUGUCUGCGCCCCUUCACUGUGAGUAUGGCUACAACCUUUCCAUCGGAGACAAUGUCGUCGUUGGACCUGGUUGUCAACUGCUAGACUCUGGCAGAAUCACGAUUGGGAGAAACACAAAGAUUGAUGCUCGUGUGAUCAUCUCGACACUUGAGGAACCCACUGAUACGAGGUCACUGGAAGGCAGCGAGCGUACAGAGACCGCUCGUGAAGUUUUCAUAGGCGAAAACGUCUACAUCGGUAACGGAUGCAUCAUCCAAGCCGGUGUCCGCAUCGGCAAUAACGCGAUUGUGCGUACUAGGUCCAUUGUUGAUGUACCAGCCAACUGCGUUGCUUUCGGUAACCCAGCAAGAGCACAACAGAUCAGCUAG